AUGAAGAUUUUUAUUUAUGCGAUAUUGGUAGUGAGCAUCAAAGCAGUGUUGGGAAGCAAAAUCCAAAUGAAUGACACGCUUCUAGAAUGGUUUCCCCCACUUUACGACUUGGACGAGUGGUCAUCAUGCCAACACCCCAUGGACCAAUACUGCAUUGUCGACGCUGUGUUGUACUCCAACCAACCUUCGAAACUCCUUGAUACUCUUAAGGAAUACUCCGCGGAAACAGCGAAACACUACAAUAGAACGCAAAUUCACCGGGGCAUAUGUAUUCCCCGGUGUCCAGGGAACAGCACUGAUGUGGUGGAAGCAGCACAGUCCUGUAUAGAUGAGAGCAUUCGCCCAUAUCACCUUGAGGCAAAAGUGAUUUCUGUGAACUGGUGUAGGACAGCUGGAACACAAAGGGCGUCUGGCGGAGCUCGUGCGAUGGGGGUCAUUGUGGUCACAUUGCUUGUAAUCACUUUAGUAGCAACUGGGGUCAGUCUCGUUGAUGGCAAACAAGGAAACAAAGUGUUACUGGCAUUUUCGUUGAAAAAAAAUUGGGAACUUUUGACAUCGAAUAGGCUGAAACAAGAGUCCCGGCUAAAAGACUUCAAAUGUUUAGAUGGAGUUAAGGCACUUGGAAUACAGAGUGUAAUCUUUACUCAUGUGGUAAUAGUUUCAUCUCAUUCUUUUACGGACAAUCCAGACUUCAUUGAGAGGUUAUACGACCAGCUACCAUGGAAAGUGCUGAUGAAUUCGCCGCUGUUCCUCCAAGUCUUCUUCUCCAUGACUGGGUUCAUCACAUCAUACUUCGUACUUAUUGUGGCGGAGAAGCGCACUAUUAAUUUGGCAGCCUGUGUCUUUUCUACUAUAUCUCGAUACAUUAGGCUGGCCCCGGUAACAUUGUUCGCGCUAUGUUUUACAAUGUUCUGGUUUCCACUGUUGGGCUCAAGCCCCCACUGGACCUGGCUGGUGGAACGGGAAGCUAACUCUUGUUCACAAGUCUGGUGGUACUUUCCCUUCUUCGGGCAAAAUUUUAUAGACACAAAAAAUUACUGUUUGGGUCAUUUGUGGUAUGUCGGAGCUGAUAUGCACUUCCACAUCUUCGGAAUGUUGUUACUCGUGGUGUUACUUCGCUUCAGAUGGCUGGCGAUUCCGGUGCUUUCCACCAUUUUUAUUUCUAUUGGAGUAGCGUCAGGAGUUGUCGCAUAUAUUUAUGGGCAUAUGCCGAUAAUCACGGGACAGCCUCCCGAAGUCCUGAGGACGCUUUUCGCUGACUCGUCAGUAAUUCCACACCUAUAUAUUGUACCCUGGGUGAAUCCAGGUUUCUUCGCCGGGCUCAUUAUUGGGUUUAUUCACUAUCGCAACAUACAGAAGGGGAUUAAACUUAGUGAGAUAUUGUGGUUUAACAUACUCUUCAAAAUAUCCCUCCACCUGACAGCACUAGUGGCCGCUCUUGGAGUUUUCUUCUUGGCUGACAACAGCCCACCACUCUGGGUUGGGGUGGUAUACACUAUGUUCGAUAGAACGUUGGUUUCAGUAUUUUUAAGUAUUUCUAUUUUGGGACUCGUUACAUUUCUACUGACGGCGCUGUCAUGGAGGGGAUUCGACGUAUUAGGCAGACUUACAUACUGCGCUUUCGUCAUCCACUUCAUUAUCCUUCGCUUCAUCAUGGCGAACAACACCACACUCAUUCACAUUAAUUUAUUUUCCAUAGUAUAUUUUCAAAUAAUUACAACAGUACUAACUUACAUAGUUAGUAUACCUGUGCAUUUGAUAAUUGAGCUGCCCUUAAUUCAAGUAUGGAAAGCCACAGUCGAAGUCCCCAGGCCAUCCUCCGCUGAACCCACAACUGAAAAGGGCGACCACACAACAGCAAAUGGAGAAAAUGUUGCGUAA